ACAAAUCAAAACAACAACACGUGGGUUUUAGAAAAACGAAAUAAUUUUAUUUUGACCAGAAAAUAUAAUAUAUAAUAUAUUAAUUAAAUAUGGGUAAACCAAAAAAAUCCAAUUUAGCACCGGCAAAAAAUGUGUCCUUAGAGAAACAAUUAACAGAAGGCAAAGUGGCAAAACAAAAGAACAGAAAUAAAAUACACAUUCGAGCAGAGGAAUCAUCGGUUUUGGAUAGUAAAACAAGUAAAAAAAUCUUAGAGGCAGCCAAGCAACAACAGUUGGAACUGAAUGAUGACAAUUUUCCCAGUUUAGCACCAAGAAAAAAAGUUAAUUUUGAUUUGGGUGACAUUAAUGAGGAAGAUGAAAAUGUUAAUGUCAAUGAACAGGAUUUCAUGGAUGAUUUGGAAAUCGGCGAAGAAGAUGCCAAAGCGUUUGAACGUUUUCAAAAUCCAGAUGGUGGCAAGCGUACCCUCAAAUUGGCUGAAAUGAUUAUGAGUAAAAUACAAGAAAAGCAAGCUGAUAUACAAACAAAACUUUCCGAUGAAGGUUCAUUGAAACUCGAAGAACUUGAUCCACGUGUAAAGGAAAUGUAUGAGGGUGUUAGAGAUGUCAUGAAACGUUAUCGUAGUGGUAAAGUUCCAAAGGCUUUUAAGAUUAUACCCAAAUUGCGUAAUUGGGAACAGAUUUUAUUCAUAACAGAACCACACAAUUGGAGUGCUGCUGCUAUGUUCCAGGGUGCAAGAAUUUUUUCCUCCGUCUUAUCGCAAGCUAUGGCUCAACGCUUCUAUAAUCUAGUUUUAUUACCUCGCAUACGUGAUGAUUUGGCUGAAUAUAAAAAGCUAAAUAUGCAUUUGUAUAAUGCUUUAAAAAGGGCUCUCUUUAAGCCGGCUGCCUUUAUGAAGGGUAUUAUUUUACCUUUGCUCGAAGCUGGUGAUUGUACUCUACGUGAAGCUAUUAUUUUUGGCAGUGUUAUUGCUCGUAAUUCUAUACCAGUUUUACACUCUUCCGCUUGUCUUUUGAAAAUCUGUGAAAUGGGUUAUACUGGUGCUAAUUCUAUUUUUAUACGUUACUUCCUCGAUAAACGUUAUGCUUUGCCAUAUCGUGUAGUUGAUGCUGCGGUUUUUCACUUUUUAAGAUUUGAAAAUGAUAAACGUGAAAUGCCCGUUUUAUGGCAUCAAAGUUUAUUGACAUUUGUUCAACGCUAUAAGAAUGAUAUUUCAUCGGAACAGAAAGAAGCUUUAAUUGCAUUGUUAAGAAAACAAUCUCAUCCAAAAAUGACACCUGAAAUACGCAGAGAACUUUUAGCGGCCACAUGUCGUGACGUUGAAAUGAUGGAAUGUGAUAAUAAAACAGCGGCAGUGCCCAUGGAAAUGUACACAGAUCAAGAUGUAGGAUAUGAGUAAAAUGUUGCCCACAAACCAAACGAAUUACAGAAUAGUUAAUUACAUUAAAUUAUUUCUACUUGAAAUGAAAUAAAUUACAAAAAAAAAAAAACAAUUAAAUAUUUUUUAAAUAAAAAAUGAAUAUUAUAUUUUUUAUUGUUGUAAAUACA